UCCCCACUUUUGUUUUCACACAAAAUAUCUGUGGAAUAACCUCUCGAAGUAAUCUUUCUUUAUUUGUAAAUAAACUUAUCGAAAUUUAUCGAUGCUAUAUGAAAAUUUUAAUUAAUUCUGAUAAAUAUCAAAUAAUAAUCAUAAAGAGAAAAUGAGUUCGAAUAAAAUUGAAGUAAUAAAGAAAACCAAUCUAUCUCCUCAAGGAAUGCGAUGUCAAAAAUGUUUGGAAUUUGGACACUGGAGUUAUGAAUGUAAAGGGAAACGGAAAUAUCUACACAGAUCUUCUCGUACUGUACAACUUAAAAGAGCUUUAAAAAAACAAGAAGAAAUAAAGGAACAAAAAGUGGAAGUUAAGAAGUCUCACGGACAGAAGAGAAAAAAAAUGAGAAAAGAAUCAAGUAGUUGCAGUGAUACAAGCUCUUCUAGUGUUGACAGUAGCAGUUCUAGUAGCAGUAGUGAAAGUAGUAGUAGCAGUUCUUCUUCGGACAGUGAGUCAGACUCGAAUGAUAGUGUUUCUAGUAGCAGUAGCAGCAGUAGCAGUAACUCUUCACACUAAAAUAUGUGAUAUAUUUAAUAAUCAAUAUUCCUGAUAUACUAUAUGCUUAUUUUUGUAAAAUAGCACUUUUUAUUUUCUCUGAAAAGUACUAUAUAUGUUUUUCUAUUUUAGUCAGUAACACAAGACGACAUUACGGAA